AUGAAGAUUUCCAAUGCGGUCAUCAAGGGAUUCACAGAAUCCAAGAGCGUUUACGCCGAGAAUUCUAUUGGAUCGGGAUGUACGGGGAUACUAAGCGUUUCGUGCAAAAAUGUGAAGGCUGUGUCACUGCCAAGGGUGCACCACCGAAUCUUAGAUCAUCACCUGAGUUCAUCAUUUGUAAACCAAUGCGUGAUACUACCGCGCAAGAAGUCGCAGAAGCCUACAUGGAGCGAUAACCUGGCCAGACAUGACCGAGACCUCAAGUUUAUGAGUGAAGUCUUCACACGAUUCCGAGAGAUGCUGGAAAGUAAACAGAGGGCGGCCUUAGCCUACAGACCUCAGCCUAAUGGUCAGCAGGAACGGUCCGUAUGGACAGUAACCCGAGCGAUCCGAGCUUACGUGGAAGAAUCAGAUCAGAGUGACUGGGACGAUCAAGUUGAGAAGUCGAUGUGGGCCUUAAACACAUCUUUCGAUGCUACCCGUCUAGAUACUCCGUUCUACUUAGUGGAUGGGACCCCCAGUGCAAUGCUGGGGAAAAUACUCACUGGUUUUGACCAGAAGGCAGCGUACGAAUGGCGAAGAAACACUCAACGUCAAUAUGAGUAUGCCCAAGCUUUGGCCAAAGAUCGUCAAUCAGAAGUUAAGUCGAAACGAUCUAUGGUUCAGCCCCAGAUCUAG